GUGUGUGUGUGUGUGUGUGUGUGUAGCAGGCUGGAGAUGGGGCAGCGCGCGCUCGCCUUCCUCCUGUUAUUACUGUGGCUUAUCAAACACUCGCGCACAGGAUUCCCUAACCAGAUCAGCAUCGGUGGUGUGUUCCUGCGUUCCACGGUUCAGGAGCACAGUGUGUUUCGCUUCGCGGUUCAGCUCUAUAACACCAACCAGAACGUGACGGAGAAACCCUUCCAUCUGCACUACAACGUAGACAACCUGGAGCAGAGCGACAGCUUCUCCGUCACACACGCCUUUUGUUCUCAGUUCUCACGGGGUGUUUACGCCAUAUUCGGGUUUUAUGAUCAGCGCUCGGUGAACACACUGUUGUCGUUUUCUGGUGCUCUGCACACCUCCUUCAUCACUCCAUCACAGCCUGCCGAAGCCGACGCCCAUUUCCUGCUCCAGCUGAGACCCGCCCUGAAAGGGGUGGUGCUUAGCAUAAUCACACACUACAAAUGGGACAAGUUUGUCUACCUGUAUGACACAGAUAGAGGGUUCUCUCUGCUGCAGUCAGUAAUAGAAGCUGCAGUGGUGAAUGAUUGGCGGGUGACCGUUCGCUCUGUGGGGAAUGUUGCUGAUGUUUUGGAAUAUCGGCGGAUUAUUGAGGAAAUGGAACGUCGUCAGGAAAAACUCUUCAUCAUCGAUUGUGAAGAGAAGCGCAUCAACGCCGUGCUGGAGCAGGUUGUGGCCUCUGGGAAAAACACUCGAGGAUAUCACUAUAUCUUAGCUAACCUGGGUUUCUCUAACGGCAGUAUAGAGAAGGUUUUUUCUGGCGGCGCUAAUGUCACGGCGUUUCACAUCAUCAACCCACAGAACCCCAUCGUACAGCAGUUCCUCCAGCGCUGGGACAAACUGGACGAGAGAGAGUUUCCCCAGGCCCAGGACACACCGCUCAGAUACACCUCUGCACUGACCCAUGAUGCUGUGCUGGUAAUAUCAGAAGCGUUUCGGUAUUUGCGCCGUCAGCGUGUGGACGUUUCUCGCCGUGGCAGCGCCGGUGACUGUUUAGCAAAUCCAGCUGUUCCCUGGAGUCAGGGCAUCGACAUCGAGAGGGCAUUGAAGAUGGUCCAGGUUCAAGGAAUGACAGGAAAUGUCCAGUUUGAUUCUUUCGGACGCCGUACGAACUUCACCAUCGAUGUUUAUGAGAUGAAAACCGGUGGAGCGAGAAAGAUUGGUUACUGGAGUGAAUUUGAGAGGUUUGUGUAUCUGACGGAGCUGCAGGCGAUGAACGAGUCAUCCUCAGUGGAGAAUCGUACAAUUGUGGUCACCACCAUCAUGGAAGCUCCGUAUGUGAUGUAUAAGAGGAAUUACAUGCAGCUGGAGGGAAACGAUCGGUACGAGGGCUACUGCGUGGAUUUAGCCUCUGAAAUCGCCAAACACGUCGGCAUUAAGUACAAGCUGUCCAUCGUAGGUGACGGGAAGUACGGCGCUCGGGAUCCUGAGACUAAAACAUGGAAUGGGAUGGUGGGAGAGCUGGUGUACGGGAGGGCGGACAUCGCCGUGGCUCCUCUAACCAUCACGCUGGUGCGUGAGGAGGUGAUCGACUUCUCCAAGCCCUUCAUGAGCCUCGGGAUCUCCAUUAUGAUAAAGAAACCUCAGAAGUCCAAGCCUGGUGUGUUCUCGUUCCUCGACCCACUAGCGUACGAGAUCUGGAUGUGCAUCGUGUUUGCGUACAUCGGUGUGAGCGUCGUGUUGUUCCUCGUCAGCCGCUUCAGUCCCUACGAGUGGAACUCUGACAGCGGUGAUGAGGCCAAGGAUCCACAGGCCCCGCCCGACCCGCCCAACGACUUCGGAAUCUUUAACAGUCUGUGGUUUUCUCUCGGAGCCUUCAUGCAGCAAGGGUGCGAUAUCUCGCCAAGGUCUCUGUCAGGUCGUAUAGUGGGGGGAGUGUGGUGGUUCUUCACCUUGAUCAUCAUCUCGUCCUACACGGCUAACCUGGCGGCGUUCCUUACUGUAGAGAGGAUGGUGUCCCCCAUCGAGAGUGCUGAAGAUCUCGCCAAGCAGACAGAGAUUGCAUAUGGAACGCUCGACUCUGGUUCCACCAAAGAAUUCUUUAGACGCUCUAAGAUAGCAGUGUUUGAGAAGAUGUGGUCAUACAUGAAGUCGGCCGAGCCCUCAGUGUUUGUGAAGACGACUCCGGACGGUGUAGCUCGUGUCAGGAAGUCGAAGGGGAAGUUUGCGUUCCUGCUCGAGUCCACGAUGAACGAGUACAUCGAGCAGCGCAAGCCAUGUGACACCAUGAAGGUCGGCGGAAACCUCGACUCCAAAGGCUACGGAGUCGCCACGCCCAAGAGCUCGGCAUUAAGAAGUGCUGUGAACCUGGCAGUGUUAAAGCUGAACGAGCAGGGCCUGCUGGACAAGCUGAAAAACAAGUGGUGGUACGACAAGGGGGAGUGUGGCAGCGGGGGAGGGGACUCCAAGGAUAAGACCAGUGCACUGAGUCUCAGUAACGUAGCCGGGGUGUUUUACAUCCUGGUCGGGGGGCUGGGACUCGCCAUGACGGUGGCGCUAGUUGAGUUUUGCUACAAGUCUCAUCAGGAGACCAAACAGCUGCGACUGCUCAGUGCUGCUCAGAACUUUAAGCACAGUCUUCCAGCCGGCGCGCCGGGCUUCACCACCUACAGGGAGGGCUACAACGUCUACGGCACCGAGAGCAUCAAGAUCUAGCACUAGCCACGAUGCAGGAGGUCCACGGGAGGUCACAUGCUCAGUGAUUGGAUCCAGCAGGAUACACCCCACCUUGAGAAUGGCCCCUCCCACUGCUUCAAUCUCCUCCCUUGGGCCUGCUGUAACUAUAGCAACUGCGCUCAGAUUCCGCAAUAUCUCUCGGUGCCUUAACUUAAAGUAUUCCACAAAGUUUCCUCUCUGGUCAUUGUUCUUCCUGCAAACUUACUGGCAUCCCGGAGCACUUCCUGUUUACUCUCAGUCUAUCCAUUUCCACCAUGGAAACAAUAUCAAAUCUAACACAAUUGCAAAAGAACAUUAAUUAGCACAGAGGUCUUGUGAUAAUAUUGUAUGAGGACGUGUCUGGUGAUUUACGGCUCUAAUACACAUUGAAUAGAAAUGAAAAAGUCUUGGGCUCACAGAACAUUCAUAAAGGUUGGGGAACCAUUGCUCUUGAGCGAUCUCCAUCGACGUCACUCCAGAGCACAUUCGAGUUAACAAAUCCCCUCCACAACACAUUCCAGAGCAGUUCACUUCCAGCACCGCCCUUUCUGUUGUCAAGCUCUUCAUGGAGACAUUAUAGUGCUUCCUGCCAAUGCUAGAGCCGUUAUCCACAACACUAGCAUUCUAGGGUCUCGUUUCUGCUCCAGCAUCUUCUCUAAUUGUCUGUAGAGCAUGUCAGGUCUAAUCCGCAGUGCUUCCUGAUUCCUCACGGUGCUCAUCACACUGGAAAUAACGGACCUUCGGGGGAAACAAGGUGGAAGAUCCAUCGAGUUUGGUCUGUUUUUCUUUUCUUUGUGUCUCCGUCUGUUUUCCCUUUAGAUAUGAAAUGGAAUGAUGAAAGCUGUGUUUAAAUCAAAGCUUGUAGUGUUUGUUAUAAUUAUUUUAAUUGAACGGAUUUUAAUACAUUACAAAAUUUUAAAUAAAGGAAUAAUAGGUGUGUGUUAAAGAAAGCUUAACUUGUGGGUCUAGUUUUAUAAAUCAGCAAAAAUGUAUCUUAAAAAUAUAUAUUUAUGAUUUAGGGAAUACACGUUAUUGUUUAUGAGAUAAAGUUGCAUGCCAGAGAUUAGAGUUAGAAAGUCAGAGGUCUAGAAACAUUUAUUCAUUUGUGUAAAUCUGGUCAGACACAC